UCCCCUUGUGUGUGUGUGUGCGUGUGCGUGCGGGGCCGGGGCCAUGGAGGAGCUGAGCAGCGUGGGAGAGCAGGUCUUCGCCGCCGAGUGCAUCCUCAGCAAGCGGCUCCGCAAGGGCAAGCUGGAGUACCUGGUCAAGUGGCGGGGCUGGUCCUCCAAGCACAACAGCUGGGAGCCCGAGGAGAACAUCCUGGAUCCAAGACUCCUUCUGGCUUUCCAAAAGAAGGAACAUGAAAAAGAAGUGCAGAAUCGGAAGAGGGGCAAGAGGCCCAGGGGCAGGCCCAGGAAACACGUGGAACCAGAGAUGCCUGCAAAAACCAAGUCAAGUAGCUCCUCUUCCUCCACAUCCUCCUCUUCCUCCUCCUCUGAUGAAGAGGAUGAAAGUGACCUGGAAGCAAAGAGGGGUCCCCGCAGCAGAGAGACUCACCCAGUACCGCAGAAGAAAGCUCAGAUCCUGGUGGCAAAGCCUGAACUGAAAGACAGUUCCAGGAAGAAGCGUGGACGAAAACCUCUUCCCCCGGAGCAGAAAGCGGCUCGAAGGACCGUGAACCUGACAAAGGUGCUGAAAACAUCCCGGAAGGAGGUGGGCAGCAGCACCAAGCUGGUGGGGAAGCUGCAGCCCCAGCACGGCACACAGGGCUCGGGCAUGGCCCUGCUGAAGGACCCGCCGGGUGCCUUGGCUGGGCUCAGCGCAGGGGGGCCAUCAGCAGAAAACCUGCCCAAUAUGAUGAAGAGCGGCUCCACCAGCCCGAACCGGGCCAUCAGCUGGCAGAGCUCCAUCGUGCACUACAUGAACAGGAUGUCCCAAAGCCAGAACUCGACCGAGAGCUCGCCCCUGGGCAGGCUGGCGCUCAAGGCGCAGGCGGCCAGCAAGAGCAGCUUAGGGCUGGACUUAAAAAUGAGGAACCAGAAAGCAUCUGGAGAGCUUGGGCUGAGCAUGCAGGGACCCAAGAGUACCAAGGCUCCGAGCAGCAGUGCUGGAGGGGACCAGAAGUCAGGGUUUGCUGCAGGAGGCCAAGUGCUGCACAACGGCAGCAAGACGCCUGCGAGCUCAUCUGGGUCUGGCUCCCAGCUGGCCUCCAGCCAGGAGCUGAACCUCCAGGCUCUAAACCUCCAGAGUGUCAAAAACGGACCGAGCGUGGCUGGUGGGAGCAGCAUCCCCCGUCACCUCUGCACCGCCAUGUCCAAAGGCUCCAGUAGCAGCUCAGCAGCGAGUGCGGGUGCUGGCAGUGUGAAGGGCAGCACAGCGGGUGCUGGGUUGAAUGCUGCCAGCUCAGGCUCGGGGGGAGACAGCAGCAAGAGCAAGAAGCAGACACACCGGGCAGGAGACAGGGACUUGGCCAAAGGCGGCACAGCCAGCACACAGGAUGGGCACGCAGCCGCGGAGAGCCGCAAACCUGCCACGCUGUCCGAAAUGAGCACAGGCGAUGAGACCAGCUCAGAUUCGGACCGGGAUUCAGCUUCCUACCCAGGUGUGGGUCAGAACAUGUCUGUCUCCAUCCAGACCAGCCAGGACUGGAAACCCACCCGCAGCCUGAUCGAGCAUGUCUUUGUCACCGAUGUCACCGCCAACCUGAUCACGGUGACAGUCAAGGAGUCCCCCACCAGCGUUGGGUUUUUCAACCUACGGCAAUACUGAGCCCGGGAGCAUGAGAGGAGGAAGAGGGUCCUUCAGCCUCUCCCUCCGCUUUGCCCAGCUCUUCCAUCAGGGUUUUUCUUUCUUCAAGUGAACGCAGAGACCUCGUGAGACCUGCUGGGACUCGUGUCUAGAGAAGCUUGAGAAAGACGCAGUGAAACCUGCUCAGAACUGCCAGUGGGUCGAUGGAUCCCUCCCGGCUUCUCCCCAUCCUCGCCCAGAGCAGCAUCCCGAGCAGAGGCACCUGAUGCUGUUCUCCGGGAGCAGGGGCACUGGUGCUGCCAGGCUGGCAAGUUUUGAGCCAGGCUUCACUGAACAUGGGUUUCUUUGUGUUAGACCUUGAAAGAGCCGCUGACAAGGUCUGCAGCUCCCCAGCAGCAGGAGGAGGGUGCGGAACUGCAGCAGGCCAGGCUUCUACUUGGGUGAGGAAGAGGAGAUCCUUUUCUUUCCUCUGGGCUCCCCACGUAUCUGCCCGUGAGCUGUGGGGAGUCGCAGGUCAAUCCAAAUGAGGUGGCCGCUGCUCCCAGCCCUGGGACCGGCUGCAUCUGGGGGUUUUUCAGGGUACUCUCAGCCCAGCCACCCCCCUGGGCCAGGUCACUUCCAAUGAUGGUGAAGUCCAUGACAUUCCUGUUGUGGUUUCCAGCUGAUAGGGAAAUAUUGUUUACAUUUUCUAGCAAGGAAAAAUCCUUUUUUUUUUUUUUUUUGAGAGAGGGGAAUAAACCCCAUCUAGGGAAGGCUGAACCCUGGGUGCCACCGGUGGUGGGUGUCAAAGGAGCCUCUUUCAGAGCAAGGAAUGGUGUCAGCAGGUACCUCCUUACUGCCUGGGGUCCUACCUUGGGACCCAGUGACAGCCGCUGGCUUCUUCAUAGUGACUUGAUUUCAGAGGAGCUGGUUAAGGAGACCUGCAUGGAUGGGCUCGAGCAGGAGGAAGGGGAAGGAGAGGAGAGGGAGAAGGGGCAGGGGCAGGCAGUGGGUACCUGAGGCCGUUGUUCCCCGAGGAGACGGAGAGCCUGCAGCAGCCAUUCACCUUUGUCUUGCCAUCCUGUGCCAGCAGCCGGGUAUUCAUUUUAGCUCAUGAUUGCAACCAAUAAUGGCUUUUUAUGGACGGUUUUUUCCCUACCGUAGAUUCCUCUUACGAGCCAAAAUUAGCAGCAGUAGUUCAGACAGAGUUUAGUAGCACUUGAGGUCAUUUUCGUUCUGCUAAGGCUGAGCUCUGUUCUCAGAGGAGAUAAAAAGCCUGAACAAGGUUAGGAGGUGCCUCCAAAGGGCUUCCCACCAGCGCCAGGGCUCCCCACAUGCUCGGGGCACCUUGCUUUGCCACAGGCAGGGACACUCACAGGGUCAUCACGCAUAGGAGUGCAGAGAUGAAUGGACCAAACUGGGGUACAGGUAAUCCUGACCUCCCCAUAGCAGUUGCAUUUGCUGCUGGUGGAACUGCAAUUCUCAGGUGAAAUGGAAAUGCCAGCACUGGCCACACAUGCUGCCUGGGUCUUCAAGGCAUCAAUGGAUGGAUGGAUGGUACUGAGCAGUGGCCACAGCCUUUGCUGGAUCAGGCUCCAGUGCUCCACAGACACUAUCUCUUAGCUUUUGUAUUCAAUCCCCAGCCGUCCUGUUGGUCAUGGCUCUGAGGUUGUUGUGUUACAGUGCUGGGGGUCUGUCAGGGAUGGGUGCAGCCCCCGUGCCAUGCAUUGCUCUGCAAGGCAAAGGGUCGAGGGGAGAGGAGGGAGCAUUGUCCAUGGAGAGGCUCCCAAAGAUGGAGUUUCCAUCGAGUUCCACAAUGCCAAAAUGUCAAAGUCUGUGCUGUUGACCUUCUAGUCUUUAACUUUGCCAAACGAGCUACUGUUGCUUUGAAGAGUCCAAGGAAGCGUUAACCUGCAUCAGCAGAACCGAAUGCUCCAGCAUGGUCUCUGCUGGGUGGGCUUUUGUGCUCAGGAUGCGAGCACUUUGGGAGAAGAAUCAAGGAAUCUGGGAGCACAGGGUGACGCUCUUCCUCACACACCAAAUGUUUGCUACUUGGCCUUUGCAAAUCCAAACUGAACAAUUAUGUGCCUUUCGGACCGUCCUUAUCUCAGCCUGGUCUGUGACACCGGUCCCACCACAGGUUUGUGCCUAUGCAAAGCAAGAUGAUCACAGGGUCCUAGGGACAGUGAUGCCCCAGUCCCAGUGGGAUGCCCAGAGCUGGGGCAUGCCCACCUAGGGGAUGCUCUUGCCGAGAGCAAUAGUAUGUGGGGCUGAUGUCCCCAAGGGUGAAGAAGCAUCUGUGGAUGUCCAAAAAGGAGUCAGGCACCAAGCACCCUUGGAGGAACUGUGGCAGUGGGUGCUGUGCUGGCUGCACACCGGCUGCAAGGUGCUCACCUGCUUUUCCUGGUGUGAUGGUGUGAUCCUACCUUCUGGCUGGGCAAAGGGUGGCUGGUCCCGGGCUUGUACCCAGGGGAACACGUAUUCCGACAGCGAGCAGCUUCCCUCUAUCACCCACCCUUCCCCAGUGCGUCCCCUCCCAUAGCAGCAGGACUCUGCUGUCACCACUUGCUAUUGUGCCUUUACUCACCAGCGGUUUGAUUCCAAAGGUCUAAGGAUGGUGAACGUGAUAAUCCAGAUGGUUUUCCGACCUUCGCCUCCUCCCGCGUCCUUUCCCGGCCCCUCCUGGCCUCGCGCCUCAGGCUCCCGGCUCGCCCAGCGGCACUGGCGUGUCUGAACGCUGGAGCUUGCCUCUCAAAGGCACAUUAUGUGAGUGAUUUACUGUAAUCUUUUGUGGCCAGGGGCUGAAAGCCGCUGCAGACCCUGUUCACCAGUCUGACCAUUAGUAUUCAAGGUCUACCUUAUUUUUUCCUUUCCUCUCUUCCUCCCCCCCCAUUUUAAGUUUGCUGCUAUGGGUUGGAGCGCUCAGCCGUGUGUCACACAGCCAAUUAAAGGUUUGUCACUUGUCAUUUUCUAAGAGCUUUCCGAUGUGGAAAGUCCUGCAGUAUUUGUAUAUUGAAUGGAUAUUUUCUCCAGGCAUAAUCUGGUUAAGCAGACUUGUUGUUUUCCAUUGGACUGGAAGAGGUGGCCAAUUCAGCCAUCUUCCCUAGAAACUUAGUCUAUUUUUAUAUAUAUAUUUUGUACCAAAAAAACUGGAGUUUGUGGAAGGAUGGAGAUAGUUUAGAGGGUUUGGUUUGUGUUGAGUUCCUGGGCUGGGUGUGAAGGAUCCAGAGCCGGCGAGGAGGUUUUUACUGAAAGAAAUUGAGGAAUGGGUGAAAACAAACAAUUGUUCUUGUAACUUGUGCCAGUCACUGCUCUGAUUUGUACGUUUUAAUUAAAGGGAGAGCCAAAUCACUCCUGUAUGACACUUAUAAUUGCUUUAAACUA